CGCGGUCCCGACCGCCGCGGGCGGCGUGUGCGGAGGCGGGCGUGGAAGAGAGGUGGGCGAGCGAGGAUGACCUUUGCGAGGAGCCGGCGAGGGAUCGGGCCAGAGGCAGAGCGAGCGGCAGCGGGGGAGGAUGGUUGCUGAGACCCGGAGGAGAGCCGCCUCGUAAUGUCACCAUGAUGUCUCAUGUAAGUGAAAUGUGGUGCUAUCACUGGAAAUGGAAGCUGCGACACUGUCUUUGCUUGUUUACCACCUAUAUUAUAUACAUGCAGCAAGCAGCUCAUGGAUGCUAUGACUGUAGGAUCGUGCUAACAGAACCCUCUGGAGUUUUCACUUCUCCUUGCUUCCCUAGUGAUUAUCCCAACAGCCAAGCGUGCAAGUGGAUCAUUCGAGCACCUCAUGGAUUCAUCAUACAGCUGACAUUUAUAGACUUUGACAUUGAAGAGGCUCCGGGCUGCAUUUAUGAUUCACUGACAUUAGACAAUGGUGAAAGCCCAAUGAACCUUUGUGGCAUCACUGCCAAAGGAUUAUCCUACAACUCUACCGGAAAUGAAAUGAUUGUGUCAUUUAAAAGUGAUUUCAGCAUACAAAAGAAAGGCUUUAAUGCCAGCUAUGUACGAAUUGCUGUGUCUCUGAGAAAUCAGAAAGUCAUCAUUCCCCAGGUUCCUGACAUCGAUGCUGUGUCUGUGGCAGAGACUAUCUCAGUGCCAGAGCUCAGCCAGUUUACUCUCUGCUUCGAAGCAACCAAGGGCAGCAACGAUGACAACGAUGACUGGAAGGUUUUCUCAUACACUGAUGCACUGUCAACAGAAUUCUUCAGUUUUGGGAAGACCACAAAAGGCCAUUUUCUGUCCAUCUCAGGCACACAGUGCAUCCUUGAGAAUGCAUUGCCCCGAAAUGCAGAGUUUUUCACAGAAACCUUUCAACAGCUCUGUAUUGUAAGGGAUAGCUUCUCACGCAGUAUAGGUAUAUAUGUCAAAAGCACCUAUCACACAGUGUAUUGUCCGGAUAUCUCUGGCAAAGUAAUCCCUGGAAAUGGGAGGCUGGUGUUGGGCUCUAACAGCAAUGAAGUGAGCUCUCUAAAUGGGGACAUUUACAACUUCCGCCUCUGGAAUUUCACCAUGAAUGCACAAACACUGGCCAACCUCAGCUGUGAUGUGAAAGGAAACAUUGUAGACUGGGAAAACGAAUUCUGGAGUAUUCCAACUUCGGCACUGAAAGCAGGAAACAAUUUGAGUUGUGGCUCAUACUUAGUUUCCUCUUCUGCAAUCGAACCAACCAGCUGUGCAAACCUGGGAAGCCUUUGCCAAGCUACUGUAAAUGCUACUACUCCUACACCACCCACUGUCACCACUAACAUGCCUGAUACUAAUAGAAACGAUAAGCCAAACAAUGGUGGGCUAUUCUACAGGAUAUCUAUAACUGUCUUUAGUUCCAAGUCCAACUCAUUGUCAAAAGUACAUGAUGUGGUUGCAGAAUGGCUCAACCGUACUUUCCAGAACUGGAAUUACACUGUGUAUGUGGUCAAUAUCAGCAUCCACCCUGGCUCCAUAAAAGAGGGAGCAAGAGAAAAAAGAAGUCUUCAAAGUUUCAAGAUUUUUGCUCUUUUGGUUUAUAAUUCUACCAACAACAUCAAUUUAGAAGAGGAAGACAUCCGACAGAAGCUCAUAAAUAAUAAUGGGACCAUGGAAGGAUAUAAGCUUCACACUGUGGAUGUUGAUCCAGUGGAAAAAUGUUUAGCUGAAGAAAACCCUCCGAACUAUUUUUGGCCGGAUACCAGACCAACUGUGACUAACUACACAUUAUGCCACGGGAGCUCAGUUCAGACUGCAUCAAGAACCUGCUAUUUGGGAUUGCAGAAUUAUACAUCGUACUGGGGUCAGCCUGAUCUUAGAAAUUGCACAGAAAAUGCAGCUGAUAUAGCCAAUCAGCUUCUGAAUCUUACUGGUGAAGGGCAGCAGCUAACAUCAGACAAAGUAAAUGAUGUUGUACAGAAGCUCAAAAAAAUUGUGAAUGAUGAAGAAAUUGAUGAAUCUCUGGGUUCUACUGUGGUGACAAUUUUUUCCAAUAUUCUGACCAGUUCAGACAGUGUGUUGGCAGCAUCAUCUUCAGAAGCUCUAAAAACUAUUGAUGCCUUGGCUUUAAAGAUCCAUUUCACUGGACCAUCCAUGAGUAUUUCAACACGAAACCUUGCACUUGGAGUGUCCUCUAUAAACUCGACAUCAUUCAAAGGAGGUUCUUUCAGUGUCAGUCCACAGAAUAAUGCAUCAGAUUUCCAGAUAGAUUUUGACAAGGAUCAGACAAAUACCUUUGCUUCUGUUGUUCUGCCACCAAGUUUACUGAAGAAUUUAAGUCAAGAUGAGUUUGAAGUUAUAUCCAGGGCUCAAUUUACUUUCUUCAAUAAAAAUGGUCUUUUCCAGGAUGCAGAAAAUCCUGCCAAUUUGACCAGUUUUGUCGUGGCAUGCAGUAUUGGAAACAUAACCAUUCAGGAUCUUCAGGAUAAUGUGAAGGUUACAAUUAAGCAUACCAAAUUUCAGGAAGAUCCUAAGCCUACUUGUGUCUUCUGGGAUAUGAAUAAAAAUGGUGGCAAUGGUGGCUGGAAUCCUGCAGGUUGCCAAGUGGCCUCAGAGUCCAAUGAAAAUGAGACAGUUUGUUUAUGCAACCACCUCACCCACUUUGGGGUCCUAAUGGACCUCCAGAGAACAGUUACGCAAAUAGACCCACAGAAUACCAAGGUUCUCACCUUUAUCACUUACAUAGGCUGUGGGAUAUCUGCUAUAUUCUCAGCUGCAACUCUCCUGACAUAUAUUGCAUUUGAGAAGUUACGAAGAGAUUAUCCAUCCAAAAUUCUGAUGAAUUUGAGCACAGCCCUUCUCUUUCUCAACUUGAUCUUCUUGCUUGAUGGCUGGAUUGCAUCAUUCGACAUAGAUGGCCUCUGCAUAGCUGUGGCUGCUCUUCUGCACUUUUUUCUUUUGGCCACCUUCACAUGGAUGGGACUGGAAGCUGUUCACAUGUACAUUGCUCUAGUGAAAGUGUUCAACACCUAUAUACGGCGAUACAUACUGAAGUUUUGCAUCAUUGGCUGGGGUUUGCCAGCUCUGGUGAUAGCCAUAAUUUUAGCAAGUGCUAAUGCAAAGGCAAGUCAUAUUUAUGGCAAAGAGUUAUAUGGCAAAGAUGCUAAUGGGCAAGGAGGAGACGACUUCUGCUGGAUCAAGAACGAAGUUGUCUUUUAUGUGACUUGUGCCGGCUACUUUGGAAUCAUGUUUCUGAUGAAUGUUGCCAUGUUUAUUGUGGUGAUGGUGCAGAUCUGUGGGAGGAAUGGGAAAAGAACUAAUAGGAGUGUGAAGGAAGAGAUCUUGAGGAACCUCCGUAGCGUGGUCAGCCUUACCUUCCUCCUGGGCAUGACGUGGGGCUUUGCCUUUUUUGCCUGGGGUCCCUUAACUCUUCCUUUCCUGUACCUCUUCUCCAUUUUCAAUUCACUGCAAGGUUUAUUUAUAUUUGUAUUCCACUGUGCUAUGAAAGAAAAUGUGCAGAAACAGUGGAGGAGACACCUCUGCUGUGGCAGAUUCCGACUGGCAGACAAUUCAGAUUGGAGCAAAACAGCAACUAAUAUUAUAAAGAAGAGUUCUGAUAAUCUUGGGAAAUCCUUAUCCUCUAGUUCCAUCGGCUCUAAUUCAACCUACUUGACAUCCAAAUCAAAAUCAACAACAAAUACAUAUUGCAAACGAAACAGUCAUACAGAUAAUGUCUUCUAAGGCCCUUUCUUCAUCAGUGGUGGAGCAUUACAGAGAGUGUUUUGCUUGACAAGCCAUCAUCAAAAUUUGUCCAAGAGGAUGGAGAACAAACAUCAAUCAUCCCUGUCCACCAGGUCAUUGACAAGGUCAAGGGAUACUGCAACCCUCACUCUGACAACUUCUAUAAAAACAUCAUCAUGUCUGACACGUUUAGUCACAGCACAAAGUUCUAACUGGGCCUCUGUAUUUUCUGAACCAAAGCAAGACAAAAGUCUCCCUGGAACUGAGAAUACUGGGUGGCAUACAAUGUGACCUGUUUAGUUAUUUUUUUCCUAGUUUACAGUGUUCUCCUUUAAACAGCAUCCACUUGAGGACCAAUUUCUCUACCUUUUUACUGUUGUGGAAAAAGACACAAAGUUGAGCUGUUUUUACAUGUGUGCCAGCCAACAUGAUGUCUGGACAGCUAACUGUAUUACUGUGUAAAUAUUUUUUAAGAAUGAAGGGCCACAACCCUGUCUAUAAAUUAUAUACUCCAAAGAAAAGCAAGUCUUGAGUCUUGGAAAAAAUAGCAGCCAUGUCAGUACAGACAAUCUCUUAUUGAACAGUUUGCUGUUGGUCUUUUUCUGUUGAAGACUAUGGUUUUCCCCUACAAGCCUUGUUAGAUUCUUGCUUCUUGACUGUCUAGUGCUCUCUUUUCUUUAUUUGUAAGUGAAUAAGACCCUAACACCAGUGUUAAAGGGUUAUUUUAAACCAAUUUUUACCAAAUAGACUUAAUUAUGAGAAUCUUGCUUUCCAGACCAGUUUGUGCUGUAAAAUCAAGCUAUUUUGUAUCCAUGUACAUAGAAGCACACUUAUUCCAUAGAUGUGCUGGCUGAAAAGGGCAUGCAGGUUUCUAGUAACUUAAAGCCGACAGCUGUACCUAUCAUUUACAUCUGUGCAGAACAAGCACACAGGUGAAUCUAACUUUACACAAAGUCAUGUUUCAAGUUAUUGAUUGGUAUAUAUAUGAAAGGUGGCAUCUCUCAUUGCAAUUCUAUAUUUAGUGUUCUUUUUUUCACUAAACCAAAUAGAAGGCAAGCAACUAAAUUUAGAUUUAUAGAUAUAUACCUAGAUCUCUCUCUGUACAUAUUUUUACAGUAAUGCACACAGCAGUUAUGACAGAGGAAUCUACAAUGUGUAUCAAAGACAAUCUAAGAACAAUUAACAGUGCUAAAACUUAAGUUUAACUAUUUAAAUACAAGAUUAAUACUUUGUAAGCCCCUGGUUUCAUUUGUCAGUCUCUGUACUUUAGAUACACCGUAUGUAUAGACACCUCCAUCAGAUAGCAUUGCAAUAAUAGAAUAACCUGGAAUACAUUGACCAGUAACAAAUAAAUAACAUCUUUCUGGGCAUGUAACAUUAUGAGUACCCCUUGACUACCUGCCCUCCCCCAAGUUGGUUGACUUGUUUGAGGCUGUUGGAGGCACAAGGUUUAAAGAGUGUUUAUACAACAUUAGGGAAAUUCGCAUUGCUAUUCUGUGUGCAUAAUGACAGAGUUGUGUGUGUGUGAAGAGAAGAAACAAGGGCAUAAAAUGCUUUCUUGUAAACGCGUGACACGCUGGCACACCGCCACGACUGCCAAAAGUGCAUCUCUCCUCACGAAGCACAGCUUUCCCCACAACAGGUUUUGUAAAACUUGUAACUGCAAAUGUUGCUUAAAGCACGAGCCAAAGCAUUGGUUUGACAAAGAAUAUUGUCAAACAGUGUUUUCAGUGGAGAAAAACUUCCAAUGGAAAUUUUUGUUUUUAAAAAGGCACUUUUUUUUUUAAACCAAAAUAUUUUUAGCCAGAUAUUUAAUGAAUUGUAUUCAGAAGGUGACCAGACGGUUGUGCUGUGAGAUUUUUCAGCUGCCAAGCAGGUGGAUGUUCAGUGAUUAGGGAUGUGGAUUUGUGCCUUUCUCUGCUCUUUGCACACACUUUUGGGUGCAGAGAUCAUUUAAUGCUGUGACUGCACAAAUGGCAAGUUUUCCCAGGCUGCAAACACCUGGCAGGAGGAGGAUCUCCUGGCAGUAAUUCCGUACAGAAACACUGCUGUUGCUACACGGACUCGAACCUCAGUCUCCUAACUGCAAAUACUAAUGUGGUGGUAUGAGUGAAAGUCAACCCAAUACACUUAAAAUGUAAUUAUUCACAGGGAUAAGUGCUGUCCGAUGUCUCUAAUAAGGGAAAUUACAUAGGAAGAGAUUAUGUACAAGCAUUUACUGAACAUAUAUUUUAUUGGCCCACUUGCUUAACUACUGUAGAUAAUAGUGUUCAUAUAUCAGCUUACUGUGAGAUUUCUACCUGAUUAAGGUGUUUGGAAGUGAAGAGAAGGAAAGCCAAACAUUCCUGAAAAAAUGAGAAAUCAAUAAAACAUAAUAAAUUAGUAAAAUAUAAAUAAAAAGCAAACACAGUAUCCUGAGUGACGCUGAGCUGUAACCUAACUAUCAGUGUAAUGUACAGCUACCUAUAUUUUUGCUGAUUUAAGAUUGUUUUCUCCUUUUUUACUACCAUGUAGUAAUCUUGAACUGUCUAUGUCAGUUAGGUGCUCUUGAAUGCUCUCAAUUCUACAAUGGAAAGCUUCUACUCUGUAGUUGACAUGCUGUAACCUCCCUUGUAUAUACUUAUUUAUUUGUGAGGUUAAAUAUGUCAAAUAUAUUUAGCUCUAUAAUGACCGUUCUUGUUACUUUAAACCUAAGCUUCUGCUUCAUCAUAGAAGAAGAGAGAAAUAAUAAUUUCUUAUAUAUGUUUUUUCAAAACUAUUUGUGAAACAAUUUACUGUAGUUCUGUCUUCUACAAGUAUAGGGAAAUAUGUCCAUGUAAUUUGUAUUACUAGCCAGUGGCAUAUAGUAUAACAGGUUUGAAGAUGGACUAAAGUGGAAAGAAACAUUUUCAAGUCAACAUUCUUGAUGUUAGUGUUCCAAAUAAUUAAAGUCUUUUAAUAAUGAA